AUGACCAGGCCCAUUCGUAAUGAAAUUCUCAAGGAAGACAAUGGCACUAUCAGCGACCACCUCCGCAAUCAUCUUCAUCUUACAAACUGUAUCCACGUGAAGAACCACAUUCACCGUCUCAGCCCCAACAUGGCUGAACGGUCCCUUUUAAGGGACCUGAUUAUGCUUCAGAGAUCAAGGUCCCUCAGAGACCCGUCUACAAGCCCUGCAUCAUGGCACUCUCCACCAGUAGCCGAUUCUUUUGCUCGGAGAUCAGAGAAGGAGGGCGGCCUGCACAGUGGAAGGAGGUCCUUGGGUGUUGAGCGGUGGAAGGAAAGGGGACGAUUGUCUGUUAGUUCACCAAAGAUUCCCAUUACGGCUACAUCAAAGGUUGUUGCUGCAGAGACUAUCAGUGAUAAUAGGAGCGUAGACAGGUGUAGAUAUUCUGGCACAAAUGGGGGAGAAGAAUCUGGUAGGAAAAAUCACAGACGUAAUCUAUCAGGUAUCAAUGAGAAGCCCCAAGAUUUUCCGGUUUCUGGGAAGACAGAUCUGGAAGUUAAGAAGAUCUUGAAGAAGGGUACCGUGAGGAACAGUGCUCAAGUGAAGACACUGUCGGAGCAAUUAGCAGAAACUACUAACCAAACAGAUUCCGAAGAUCUGAAGCCUCCUUGCAUUCAUCGUUGCACACCACAAUCAGGACAAACAGGUUCCUUUAAGGAGCCAGAGGUAGAUGGACAUGUUCAACGCCGUGGGUUGGGAAAGCCAAAGGAACGCAACUUUAAAGGUACGAGGAGGGUUCAUGAAUAUAUCGGUUCAAGAGAGGCAAGGGUCCUUGAUGACUUGUCUCACGCAUCAAACUCAUUAACCCAGGGUUCAAUGGAUUCAAAAUGCAAUUCAAGAGGAUCGGAAGUAAAUGUUAAUAUUGAUGUAACUCGGGCUCCUAAACAUGUUUGUGGAAUACCCUGGAAUUGGUCAAGAAUUCAUAACAGGGGUAGAACAAUUAUUGAUAUAGCGGGAAGAAGUUUAUCUUGUGGGUUGACCGAGUCAAGGUUGAGGAGAAAUGAAGGUGCUAUGCGUCCACAAGCUGAAAGAGAUGCUUUCAAUAUGGAGGCUUCAUCUGAUCACUUGAGCUCCUCCGCAGGUUCUGACUCUGAGUCACUGCCAUUACUGGUUGAGCCUUCAAGAUCUCAGAGAGGCACUGAAAAUUCGUUCUUGUCAAAUGACUAUUCUGGAGAACUAUGUAUCUAUGCCAAUCAUGAUCUAAACCGUGGGAGAAAUUCUGACAUCGGAUCUGAAGCAAGAUCAGGCACUCAUCACAACUCUAACAGACAUUACCAUGGUCGGCAUCAAAGUUUGACACAGAAGUACGCCCCAAAAAAUUUCAGGGAUUUGGUAGGGCAAAACUUGGUCGUUCAAGCUCUUUCGAAUGCUGUUGUAAGAGGAAAAGUUGGGUUAGUUUAUGUAUUCUAUGGCCCUCAUGGGACUGGUAAAACGUCUUGUGCACGGAUAUUUGCGAGGGCCAUCAAUUGCAAAGCACAGGAACAUCCCAAGCCAUGUGGCACUUGCAUUUCAUGUAUCUCUCAUAAUCUUGGUAAAAGUCAAGAUAUUAUGGAAUUGGGUUCCAUAGGCAAGUUCGAACUGGAAGGGAUUUUUGGCCAUCUUGAGAAAACAAAGAUGCAGCCUUCGUCAUCUUCUAAAUAUAGGGUGUUCAUUGUUGAUGAUUGUGAUACAUUAUCUGCUGAUUCUUGGAAUGCCAUAUCGAAGGUCAUUGAUCUAGCUCCCAGAUGUGUGGUUUUUCUUCUCAUCAGUACAAAUCUUGACUCCCUGCCUCAUAUGAUCAUAUCUAGGUGCCAGAAAUUCUUCUUUCCAAAAUUAAAGGAUGCAGAAAUUAUCGACAAUCUGCAGUGGAUCGCUACCAGAGAAGGAUUAGAAAUUGAUAAGGAUGCCCUUAGACUCAUAGCAUCUAGGUCAGAUGGAUCAUUGAGAGAUGCUGAAAUGACUCUGGAUCAACUGAGUUUGCUUGGCCAAACUAUAUCUCUUACACUUGUUCAGGAACUGGUAAGUUCUAUUGUGAAAACUCUUGUUCAAUUCUCUGAAUUGAUGCACUGUGGGCAAUUACGUACAUUUAUAUCCUGGAAUUGAAUCCUCUGUAAGUGGACAUAAAGAUUGAUCUGGUAUGAUUAUGCCCAAGUUGAACCUGUCAGAAAACUUUAAGCAUGGUAAAAAGGGCAUUCUGAAAAUUUAUUCAAAACGAUAAAGCUUAGGAAAAUUUUCAUGACUACUUUAGAGAUGGAAAUUCUUUUAAAACCCUAAUAAAAGUCUUUUAAUCCUACCUCUUGGUAGGAGAGUCAAACCCCAUUUCGUUCCUUUGCAAGCAUCAGGGAAUUUGUGAUUGCAUAGUGAGCAGCAGUAAAUGGGAAAAUAGGGUGAUUGCAGCAGCAGUGGUGGCAGAGUCAGGAAGAUGCUAGGAAAAAAAUUGGGUGUGAUGGCUGAGGGCUGUGUCAAACAGAAGCACCGGCUGCAUAAGGAUAGUGGGAACAUGCAGCAGUACCAGUAGGGGCGGUGGUGGGAAUGGUUCUUUCUGUUCUUGUCAUUCUUCUUUUUCUCUUAUUCCUCUUGUUUUUUUAUUCGUCCAUAGUUCCACCAUCUGCAACGGUAAGUUCAUACCCAGCAAAAUGCAAAAAAAAAAUUACUUGAUUCGUGGCAUGCAUAGAAUUCUGAAAACUACUAAUAUUGGACAAUUAUUGUUCAAGUGGAACCGUGAGUCUGAGUUUGAGAACCUUUAUCUGAAUCAUAGUACCUUUUCUGUUAUGGCACCUGCAGAGCCUUCCCCGAAGAACUUCUGGAGACUGAUUUUUUUUUCAGUAAAUACUUAAGAAACCUAAUUAUAUUCGGUGAUUAGGGAUGGUGCGUAACUGUAAAAAUCACAAACAGGAUGCGCACUAAAUAGUAGCCAUGGGAAUUAACCAUGUGAGGAUAGACAAGGUAAUUAAAAUAACGCAGAUUGAAAAAUGAAUGAUCUUUAGAAGGAAGAGAAUAUUUUUGUGUACUAAACAGUAAUUUUCAUAUGAAAGAGAUUGACUCUGUUUACUCAGUGCUUUAGAAAUGUUUCCUCUGGAAACUUCUUCUGUGAUCACUGUCACAGUGAGUUGGAUCAGAUGCUCCAUUUCUUGGUGGGAUGUUUGGAAUACGGCAAGCCUAAACGGUUUUCUUGCCAGAGAAAUGCUGCUUAAAACUCAAGCCUUAUGAACUCAUUCUUGGCUAUUGGAACUGCUAUCAUUAUUGGCUCCAGUACUCAAAAUUUAUUUCAUUCCUUUUUCAGGUAGGUCUGAUCUCCGAUGAGAAAUUGGUGGAUUUACUUGAUUUGGCAUUAUCCGCAGAUACUGUGAAUACCGUGAAGAGGUUAAGGGAUAUUAUGGAAACUGGGGUUGAACCUUUGGCAUUAAUGUCACAAGUGGCAACUGUAAUAACUGAUAUUUUGGCAGGCAGUUAUGUGUUCACUAGAGAAAGGCUUCGGAGGAGGUUUUUCCAGAGACAGACAUGUAAGUUAAAAAAUUUCCUUGGCAGCUAUCCCCGCUCAUUGGCAUUUUUCAAUCGAGGAAUCAUUCUGGCCGCUCUUACAUUAGCUCUUACAUUUCUGAUGUUUUCGACCUGCUGCACACCUUUGUUGUAAUUAUAAUGCAUCGUUUAUGGAACUCUUAACUUGCCAUCUUUCUGUCAUUCCAUUCUAGUAAUGAGGCAUAUUUCCUUCUGUAUGAUUCUUGACUUAGAUGUUUCUAAUCAGUCCCCAUGCCUUUUAUCUGUUUAUUUCAGUGUCCAAAGAAGACAUGGAAAAGCUGCGCCACGCAUUGAAGACUCUAUCAGAAGCGGAAAAACAGCUGAGGUUAUCAAAUGACAAAUGGACUUGGCUUACAGCUGCAUUGCUUCAGCUUGCUCCAGAUCAGCAGUACAUGUUACCAGAUUCGUCUGCAGAGACAAGCCUUAAGCACAGUCCACUGCCCAACAACAUCCGCCAGAGGGAUAUUCCUCAUACCUCCCCCAAUGUUCGGGAUGAGAUGGGCCAUGGUCAGAAAGCCUUGUCUGGAAUUACCGGAGUAGAAAACGGUACUAAAGUCGUUAAUGGUGGCGUGCACAAUGGCUGUAUGAUGAAGAACUUAACUGGAAAAAGGCACAGUGGGGUGAGUUCCACACGAGCUCCAGUUUUGUCUGCAGAUUUAACUGAGACAAGUGGAUUGCCUGAUCCUGCUAGAAGGCAAAAGGACGUUCAGAAAGUCUGGUCGGCAGUGCUUGAGAAGAUUCAAGUAAACUCACUUAAAAAGUUUAUGCUAGGUGAAGGAAAACUGACGUCAGUCAGCCUUGGUGUUGGUAAGCUCCAAAUUAUAUCCAUCAAGAUUGUUACUCUGGACUUUCUUAGGCUCUGAACAGGAUAUAGUAGUAUGUGAUUGACGUGGUUAUUUGCUGUGACAUCGAUUCUUUAGCGCCGCAAAUCUGAGACCAUUUUGAAAUGUCCUUCCAUUACUCAUACGACGCUUUAUGUUCAUGUUUUUUCUAGUAUUAUGCAAUAUUUCACUUAUUAUUUUCACCUUCCGUGAUAUAUGUUUUUAAACGACUGCCGUUCUUUCCUUCCUUCCAGCUCCAACUGUGCAGUUGACGUUCAGCUCACAUUUAAAUAAGUCCAAGGCUGAAAAUUUCAGGGAACAUAUUCUUCAAGCUUUUGAAUCAGUUCUUUCUUCUCCUGUAACGCUUGAAAUUAGAUGUAAAUCCGGGAAAGAUACGAAACCAGACUAUGAAGACGCAUAUGCUCAACAAGUUUCAGAAAAUGGUUGCUCUCGAAUGAAAGUUAACCUAGAACCCAUAUCAAAUCGUAAGAACAGGAGAUUAGGUUCUGAAACUUAUAUUGCAAGAAUUUCAAACGAUCAUGUUGUCGAAGGAGACGGUUCUGCCCAAGUUGGAUGGCUGCACUCUGAUUCUCUUGAGAAUGCUAAAAGCGAAAUUAUGGAAGUGGCCAGUUCCUCCCACGGGCUAGCAGACGCUAUUGAUCGGCGCUCAGGGCAGGCAGUAAAAAGUUUGUGGACAGCAGAGCCUUCAUCAUCGCACAAUCCAGCUGCCUUGUUUCCUCCACCUGAAAGAGGGGAAAAUGGAGAAAAAUCUAGGAGGCAGAGUUUAGUAAGAAGUAAAGUAUCCCUUGCACAUGUGAUUCAGCAAGCUGAGGGAUGCUCACAACGGAGUGGAUGGUCAAGGCGCAAAGCCAUCUCAAUAGCUGAAAAACUUGAACAAGAAAAUUUGUAAGUUCCUUUUCUUUACAUUCUUGCUUUUUGCUACCGAGACAUUAAUAAUAUCGAGUAUGACAACUUUUUUGAGCAUCUGCAAAUCAUCUGUCUUUUUGCUGACUGUUGAUUUUAUGAUGCACGAUCAGAUUGGUAGAAUCCAGGAACCAAAUUCAUUUAUUUUGCAGAGCGUAAGGUUGCAAAUCUCCAGUAAUAUGCUUAUAUCAGUCCGUAGAACAUCAUGUUAACAAAGAAAGGGCGGGCAGCUUUCGGAUAGAUAAAAAUUCUAUUUGACUGUGAAUAUCAGAGUCCAGUUUCUUGGAGAGUGAAUUAUUCUGAAGGCAGAAUUGUUCUGAUUCUGAGAAAAUACGACGAAGUAGCCUAGAUUAAUCGAACGAGGUUGAUUAGCAUGGUCCAGUCUGGUCCUUUUUCUUAUAUGACACAUAUAUAUAGUUCUUUUUCUGAAAUUUUGAGUUAGACUGUUCAAGUUUGUUCAUCUCAAAGAUUCGAAACAAGCCAUUAUGACAUAUUUCCUGCUUUAAAAACAAAUGUCAUCCUAGAUCUGCCAUCGUACCAAGCUGGUAAAUUGGCAGCCUGACUCUGCAUUGGUCAUAUCAAUAUAGAUGACUGUAGAUUCUGGAGCUUGAACAAAAUCCUAUGAUUUACUUGAAGUUGAGUGCUAGGUUCUGUAUAGUAAUUUCUUAUUCAUUGGCAAAAUAUUGAUGGAUCAAUCCAACUGCAAGAUCUUGUAAAGAAAUUCCUAUGAACCGUAGUGGAGUAGCAACGAAUUCCUAUGCCGAUGGUAAAGAAAUUGCAUUAAUAUGAUGAUCAACGGAAAACCCCGAGGUAGAAGAGAUGCCGUGUCGGUUGUUCUCAUUCUAUAAUAUUUAAGGAACAGCCGAGAUUCACCAAUCAUCUGUCGAGCAGAGGUGUUGUAGCUUACAUUGUUUUCGUGAUCCCCGUUCAGAUGCCAUGUACUUACUAUUCAUAAUCUCUCAGUUCAUCACCUUUGCCCAACUGGGGGGGGGGAGGAGAAGUAGCUGUGGAUGAUCUGAGAGACCAUGAACUAUUACCACUGAUAGCAAGAUAAUUGACUAUAUUUAGCAAAAAAGAAUUCCGGCGCUACUCAUCCAAGAUGAGGAUUUCCAUCGCGAACUAUUUACCUGACAUUUUUAUCAACUCCUGAGGUUUACUGAUUGUAGAAUACCUUUGCGCAUGAUUUUCUUUGGCUUACAGGUGGUUGGAGCCCAGGUCAAGAAGCCUGCUCUGCUGGAACACUUCCAAAAUCACCCGUGGGAAGGUGCUGCUUCAUCAUAUUUUAUUAAAUCCCAUGCGAUAGAGCGUUGACCCAUCAUUCGCUGCGGUGAAUAUACAUUUUCUCAAUCGGUCAACGGUUUGCUGAUCAGGUGCGGCGUCUGAGAGUCAGGCCAAGGAAGCCGCUGGCCGUUCUGAGGCGCCUCGCCUGUGGGAGAUGCUUGCAGACGAAAUCUCCGAGGUGA